AAUAUGAAGGUAUAAUUUGCCGAUCUUGACCUGACCCGACCCGAUACUGUUGAAGACCCAUCCUCGUCUUGAGGAACUGUGACUCUGUGAGAUAGUGAUCAGAAUCCCAAACCCGCGAUCGACGAUGGCGACAGCAGAGGUAGGGAAUGUUCUUACGGGGGCAGGAAGAGAGGACAGCUGCUCAGCGAAGCCUACAAAGCAAGGAGAAGGUCUCAAGCAAUACUACUCGCAGCACAUCCACGAUCUCCAGCUUCAAGUCCGCCAAAAGAGUCACAAUCUCAGUCGCCUUGAAGCCCAGCGCAACGAGCUCAAUUCUGAAGUGAGAAUGCUGAAGGAAGAGUUACAAUUGCUACAGGAGCCUGGAUCUUAUGUUGGUGAAGUUGUCAAAGUGAUGGGCAAAUCAAAGGUUUUAGUUAAAGUACACCCUGAAGGCAAAUAUGUGGUUGACAUUGAUAAGAACAUUGAUAUAACAAAGAUUACUCCCUCUACCAGGGUUGCUCUUCGCAAUGAUAGUUAUGUUCUUCAUCUGAUAUUGCCUAGCAAAGUGGAUCCUUUAGUCAAUCUUAUGAAAGUUGAAAAGGUUCCCGAUUCUACUUAUGACAUGAUUGGUGGUCUUGAUCAACAAAUCAAGGAGAUUAAGGAGGUUAUUGAGCUUCCUAUUAAACACCCUGAGUUGUUUGAGAGUCUGGGAAUUGCCCAACCAAAGGGAGUUCUGCUUUAUGGACCCCCAGGUACAGGGAAAACAUUGUUGGCAAGAGCCGUCGCACAUCAUACUGAUUGUACCUUCAUAAGGGUAUCUGGUUCUGAACUCGUGCAGAAAUAUAUUGGAGAAGGAUCUCGAAUGGUGAGAGAACUAUUUGUUAUGGCCAGAGAACAUGCCCCGUCUAUUAUAUUCAUGGAUGAAAUUGAUAGCAUUGGAUCUGCUAGAAUGGAAUCAGGAAGCGGCAAUGGUGAUAGUGAAGUGCAGCGCACUAUGCUGGAGCUUCUUAACCAACUUGAUGGAUUUGAGGCAUCAAACAAGAUCAAGGUAUUGAUGGCCACAAAUCGUAUAGAUAUUCUGGACCAAGCCCUGCUCAGACCAGGAAGAAUUGACCGAAAAAUUGAAUUUCCCAAUCCCAAUGAAGAGUCUCGCUGGGAUAUCUUGAAGAUUCAUUCAAGGAAAAUGAACUUGACGCGCGGGAUUGACUUAAAGAAGAUAGCAGAAAAGAUGAGCGGUGCUUCGGGGGCUGAACUUAAGGCUGUUUGUACUGAAGCUGGGAUGUUUGCUCUGAGGGAGAGAAGAGUCCACGUGACACAAGAAGAUUUUGAGAUGGCAGUUGCCAAGGUUAUGAAGAAGGAUACCGAGAAGAACAUGUCCUUGCGCAAGCUCUGGAAGUAAAUAUAUAUACUAAUAUAUAUAUAUAUAUAUAUACUACUACUAUAUCAUGCCUUCAUUAUUCAUCUUCCGUUCUUCGGAUAUUACUGUCCGUGUAGGCUAUGCAGCAAGAGUGUGAGCUUAUUCUGUUUCCUUGUAUCAACACUUCUUUCAAACUUGCCCAUUUUAGAUGCGUUUUUGCACUUAUUACGUACUAUUAUCUUUGAAGUUUCUCGACUUCUCAACUAUUCAAGUUCACCGAAGGUCCGAAACUAAGUUGUCAUCGGCCUAAAUGCCUAAUGUGUGAUUGAAGUUUGGGUUUAAAAGACAAUUUUGAGAAGUUCUUUGUGGAAUUUGGCUGUUGUUUCAUGUUGACAUUUGGAUACUACUCCGUCCGUAGUACUAUCUAUGGAGUGCUGGUUAGGGUUUUAUUUUCUAGAAUCCAACCAAGUAAAUCUCAAUCUGAAUUAGUUACUAUCAAGUUA